AUGGUUAUUGCAGUGUGGCUGAUCUACAUUGCUCUCAUUUCAUGGGGUCGUAUGCAAGAUAAACAGGAUGAGAUCAAGACAGCCGUGACAGUGCUGGAUGACAACAAAGAUGAGCAUAGUUAUGUCUACCUUAUUUGUGUGGUCACUGGAUGGUCCACGUCAUCUGCUACCACCUCAAAUGUAUUUAUUAGUCUCAAGGGAUCUUGGUACCAGAGUGAAAAUCAUGUGUUACAAGAUCCGUCUCGUCACCUGUUUCGGUCUGGUGCGGAGAACUGGUUUAUGUUAACAACAGACGAUGACUUAGGAGAGCUGAACUCUGUUGUUAUCUGGACUGAUUACUCCGGAGCCUACCCUUCCUGGUUUGUAUAA